AUGGUUGAGGUAUCCGUUUCACUUUACCAAAUAGUGAAACGAGGGGCUUACAAAGACCCCCUCGGUCUAUUAUUUCGCUCACAUGAAUUGAAUUAUCUAUUGCAUUUCGAGCAGAUACGGCAGCUAACGGCACUCAAAGCGAUUCAUAACCGAAUUCUCGCCGAAGAGCGGAAGCUUUUGGAGACAGGAACGAUGGAGCAUUACUUAUCUUCAGCAUAUUAA